AUCUCGAUGCAUGCAAUGGCUGGAAUCAGAGGACUAAGGACGAUGCGACUACCAGCAUGGGUCAAAGAUCGAAGAGUGAUCGUACUCGUAGACAACGGUUCGUCUCACAACUUCAUCAAUACUGAUUUGUCUCAAAAGCUGAAGUUGCCAACCACAAAAAUCGAGCCCUUUGAAGUUCGAGUAGCCAAUGGAGAAAGGCUACAAUGUACUGAGUCAUUCCGGAAGGUACCAAUCAAGUUCAACGGAGUUACUGUGAAGGCUGAUCUCUAUGCCUUACCUUUGGUUGGACCUAAUGUCGUUCUGGGAGUACAAUGGCUCGAAGGAUUGGGCAAGGUGACUACCGACUAUCAAACGGGAAUUAUGGAGUUCAAUUCUAGAGGUCGGCAAGUCACUCUGAGUGCUGGCAACGAAAAGGGUACCAAGGAAGUAGGGCUAAAAAGUAUCCAAAGAGUUUGGCGAGGUGGCGGCCAAAUCUUUGCAGUAGUAGUCGAGAACAUUGAGGCGCACAUGGAUCAGGAUGAGCAACAACAAGGAGAUGUGCGCAAUUUUCUCGGGGAGUUUGAAGGAGUACUAGGCGAGCCUAAGGGACUACCGCCACACCGAGAGUUCGAUGAUCGCAUACCACUGAUUAAUGAACAGCAUGCCAUCCACAUCCACCCUUAUAGGUACGCUCACUUUCAGAAAACUGAGAUCGAACGGCAAGUGGCCGAGAUGCUAGAGUCAGGAUUAAUCCAACAUAGCAAGAGUCCAUUUUCUUCACCAGUACUGUUAGCUAAAAAGAAAGAUGGCACAUGGAGGUUGUUG